CCGCCUGCCCGCCCUCGGGGUUGCCCGCCCCCUCGUCUGAUCCCCCUCCUCUCCCUGGCCUGAGAGAGCCGGUUCUGGACUACAUCUCCCAGCGUGCCUGGCAGAGUGGUGGCCUCGUGUGCCGGCGGCUCCGGGUGCAGGCAACAAUGCAGCAGGCUGUGAGCCGGGUGGCCCGUCUGGGCUCCCGUCUGCAGGCGCUACCCUCGACCGUGAGCCGUCUGUACAGUGGCUCCCAGGAGGUGCUCCGCCGGACCCCCCUGUAUGACUUCCACCUGGCCCACGGAGGGAAGAUGGUGGCCUUCGCCGGCUGGAGUCUGCCGGUGCAGUACCGGGACAGCCACGUCGACUCACACCUUCACACCCGCCGGCACUGCUCGCUCUUCGAUGUGUCCCACAUGCUGCAGACCAAGAUUUUGGGUGGUGAUCGAGUGAAGCUGAUGGAGAGUUUGGUGGUUGGAGAUAUUGCAGAGCUAAGGCCAAACCAGGGGACACUGUCGCUAUUUACCAAUGAGGCUGGAGGUAUCUUAGAUGACCUUAUUGUGACCAACACCUCUGAGGGGUACUUGUAUGUGGUGUCCAACGCUGGCUGCUGGGACAAGGACUUGGCCCUGAUGCAGGACAAGCUCAGGGAGCUUCAGAACAAGGGUGGUGAUGUGGGCCUGGAGGUGGUGGAUAAUGCCCUGCUGGCCCUGCAAGGCCCCACUGCGGCCCAGGUACUCCAGGCUGGCUUGGCAGAUGAUUUGAAGAAACUACCCUUCAUGACCAGUGCUGUGAUGGAGGUGUUUGGCAUUUCCGGCUGCCGUGUGACCCGUUGUGGCUACACAGGAGAAGAUGGUGUGGAGAUCUCUGUGCCGGCAGCCAAGGCCGUCCACCUAGCAACGACUCUGCUGGAGAACCCGGAGGUGAAGUUGGCAGGACUGGCGGCCCGGGACAGCCUGCGUGUGGAGGCCGGUCUCUGCCUAUAUGGGAGCGACAUUGAUGAGCACACCACACCGGUGGAAGGCAGCCUCAGUUGGACACUGGGGAAACGCCGCCGAGCUGCCAUGGAUUUCCCUGGAGCCACAGUCAUCGUUCCCCAGCUGAAGGGCAAAGUGCAGCGGAGGCGUGUGGGGUUAACCUGUGAGGGGGCACCUAUGCGGGCACACAGCCCCAUCCUGAGCACGGACGGUACCGUGAUUGGUGCUGUGACCAGUGGCUGUCCGUCGCCCUGCCUGAAGAAGAAUGUGGCGAUGGGGUAUGUGUCCGCUGAGUAUAGUCGGCCAGGCACCCAGCUGCUGGUAGAGGUGCGGCGGAAGCAGCAGAUGGCUGUGGUCAGCAAAAUGCCCUUUGUGCCCACAAACUACUAUAUCCUCAAGUGAGGAGAGUAAUAUCAUGGCCCUCUGCUCUAGGAACCUUGCCUUGAGGGCGUGUUCUGGGGAUUAAUUAGGAACUGACAUCAGGAUAGAGUGGACAUUUGUUCUGGUUGUCUGGUUGUUAGUGCCACUCUCUCUGGCUGACCCUCUUCCCCUCCCCCCCCCCCAAUGCACUCUUAAUUUCAAGAGCCCUUUUUUUUUUUUUGUUCGUGAUUUUUUUGGGGGCCACACCCAGCGAUGCUUAGGGGUUACUUCAGACUCUGCACUCAGGAAUUACUCCUUGCAGUGCUCAGGAACCAUAUGAGAUGCUGGGGAUUGAACCCAGCUUGACCACAUGAAAAGUGUCCUACCCUCUGUGCUAUCUCGUUAGCCCUAAGAACCCUUUUCUCUGGUUUGUUUUUGGGCACCCAACAGUGCUCAGGGCUUACUCCUAGCUCUGCACUCAGGGAUUAUUCCUGGAGGAGCUUGGGGUGCUCUAUGGGGCGCCAGGGAUAGAUCACAGGUCAGCUGUGAAAGGUGAGCCAGCACCUUACCCACUAUACUACCUCUCUGUCCCCAUCCCCAGCCAUUUUUUCUUUUUUGUUUUUUCUUUUUUUGGGGGGGGUCCACACCCGACAAUGCUCAGGACUUAGACCUGACUCUGCACUCAGUAAUCACUCCUGGUGGUGCUCAGGGGACCAUAUGGGAUGCCAGGGAUUGGACCUGGGUCGGCCGUGUGUAAUCUAAGCGCCCUCCUUGCUGUACUCUCUCUGGGCCAUUGAGCCCUUUUCUAACUAAUGAAUCAGCUUACCCAAAUAUCCUAUUUUUAGUUUAUUAAUAUUAUUAUUUUGGUUUUGGGGAUACACCCGGCAGUGCUCAGGGUCUAUUCCUGGCUGUGCUCAGGGGAUCAUAAUGAGGUGCCAGGGAUUUGAACCAGGGUUGGUAGAUGCAAGGCAAGCAUUUUAAUCCUUGUACUGUUAAUAUCUCCAGCCUGCCAAUACCCUGUUUGAGCCUAUGAGCCCAUCAACUUCACUCUUGCCUGCUGGGGUGCUGGACUGCAUCCGUCUAUGUUUCUCUCUCUUCACUGCUAGCUGCUGGCUGUGAGGGCUCACUUAUGGGGACCCCACCUGCCUCACCAUAGUUUUUCACCCUGUAGAGGGUCAUUCCAAUAUACCGACCACCUCCUCUAGUUCAUGUUCCAUGACUACAGAAUGCUGCCUCUCCCUGGUCAUGUUGGAUUCCUAACUCCCAGAGGGUUUGCCGAGUUGGGAUGCAGUGCCUGUGUGUAAAUUCGGAGAUGGCUGGGGUCAGAAGUGACACAGAUUCACUCUGUAUGUGUACAUUCCCAGGGGCCCCAGGAUUAUUGUGGGACAGGCUCGGUUUCUUGGACUUUUCUUACCCUGAGCUGAACUUCACCCCUGGAGGCCCAUUAUUCACUUCAAUCGACUCUUCAAAAUCAUUAAACAUAUUUCCUUUAUACUUGAUGGCCAGACUCUAGCUUCAUUGUCCUUUAUCUAUAGGGAUCCUGGGGUGCCAGCCCACUCUCUGUCUACCUGGCCUAUGAGGUAGCUGCUUGGGUGUUCCGUGGUAAGGACCAGGUCUUUAAGAA